ACCCAUCCUAAUGCCAGCAAACUGCCCUUAAAGGAUUCUUUCACUUAUGAUGACUACAGAUGGGCGGUUUCCUCUGUUAUGACAAGACAGAACCAGAUUCCAACAGAAGAUGGUUCCAGAGUUACAUUGGCUCUAAUACCUUUAUGGGACAUGUGUAAUCAUACUAAUGGACUGAUCACUACAGGCUACAAUUUAGAAGAUGAUCGGUGUGAAUGUGUAGCGCUUCAAGAUUUCAAGGCUGGAGAACAGAUUUACAUUUUUUAUGGCACUCGGUCAAACGCUGAAUUUGUGAUCCACAGUGGUUUUUUCUUUGAUAAUAAUUCACAUGACAGAGUGAAAAUAAAACUUGGCGUGAGUAAAAGUGACAGGCUGUAUGCUAUGAAGGCAGAGGUCUUAGCUCGUGCUGGUAUCCCAACUUCUAGUGUUUUUGCCUUGCACUCCACUGAGCCUCCGAUCUCUGCCCAGCUUUUGGCUUUCCUUCGAGUGUUUUGUAUGAGUGAAGAAGAGCUGAAGGAACACUUGAUAGGCGAGCAUGCCAUUGACAAAAUCUUCACUCUGGGGAACUCUGAGUUUCCCAUUAGCUGGGACAAUGAAGUUAAACUUUGGACAUUCCUAGAAGCUAGAGCAUCCCUUCUUUUGAAAACCUAUAAAACAACUGUGGAGGAUGAUAAGUCCUUCUUGGAGACCCAUGACCUUACUUCACAUGCGAUAAUGGCUAUCAAAUUGCGCUUAGGUGAAAAAGAGAUCUUGGAGAAAGCAGUAAAGAGUGCAGCUGCUAGCCGAGAGUAUUAUACCAAACAAAUGGCAGAUGGAGCUCCGCUUCCUAAAUAUGAAGAGAGCAAUAUUGCCUUGUUGGAGAACACUGUGGCAGACUCUAGACUCCCUCUUGUCUUGAGAAACCUAGAAGAUGUGGAAGAGCAAGGGGACUUAAAGAUUGAUGAAGCUAUUGAUGCUGAAGUCACAGAGAAUGGGUUUGUAAAUGGUGAAAACUCUCUUUUUAAUGGGACCAAAUCAGAAAGUGAAAAUCUAAAUACGGAGAAAAGGAACAGAGAGACUGAAGAUGCCAAAGAAUCUUCUUCAGAAAGUACUGAUGAGGUUAAAGAAUAGUCCUAAAAUUUUACUUUCUUGUGAAAUUUAAUUAGCUGAAGUUUA